GAGGGGGUGGGGCUCAGAGCUGGCAGAGCCUCUCCGGCCUACAGAACUCCCAGACAGAUCUGAGCAUGGACAACACUGUACAGCAUGCUGCAGCCUGACCUGCUCUGCUGACACACUGCUGCACCCACAAAGCUGGGAGACAUCUUCACCCACACAUCCAGAGCGGAGAUCUUGCUGCACCCACAGAGCCAGAGCUGGGAGAGAUCUGCACCCAGAGAUCCACAGCUGAGACCCUGCUGCCCCCAGAAAUCCUGACCCUCCAGCACCCAGAUCUAGAAGACAGUUGCAUUUACAGAUCUUACUUCACCUGGAGAACCCCCUGAGAGUACUGGCAUUUAUCAGCAGCUCAGACUAACCUGUAGGAGAUCACAAUGACAGCGGAGGAGAUGAAGACAGAACAGGGACCCCAGGAGAUCUCCAUGGAUGGGAUAGACAUCAGCCCAAAGGGAGAUCAUGGUGUGCUGAAGCAAAUGAAGAAAGAAGGCAGCGGGACAGAGAAUCCUAUGAUUGGGGAUAAAGUCAGCGUCCACUACACUGGCUGGCUGCCUGAUGGGACCAAGUUUGACUCCAGCAGAGACAGAAAGGACAAGUUCACCUUUGACCUGGGGAAAGGUCAGGUGAUUAAAGCGUGGGACAUCGCUGUGGCCACCAUGAAAGUUGGAGAGAUCUGUCAGGUUACCUGUAAGCCAGAGUAUGCCUAUGGAGCAUCAGGGAGUCCUCCCAAAAUUCCACCAAAUGCUACGCUCAUCUUUGAGAUUGAGCUUUAUGACUUCCAAGGUGAAGAUCUGUCAAAAGAAGAAGAUGGCGGUAUUAUUCGUAGAAUUCUAGUAAAGGGCGAGGGAUAUUCCAAACCCAACGAGGGUGCCGUGGUAGAAUUGAAGCUGCAAGGAAUCCACAAUGAGCGCGUGUUUGAUGAACGGGAGAUGCAGUUUGAAGUUGGGGAGGGAGAGAGCCUCGGGAUCCCCCCAGGAGUGGAGACUGCACUGCAGCAGAUGGAGAAAGGAGAGGAAGCUGUGCUCUACCUGAAACCAGAAUACGGUUUUGACAGCGCAGGCUAUGAGCCAUUUCAGAUCCCACCCAAUGCCGAAUUGAAAUAUAAAGUCAAACUGAAGAGCUUUGAGAAGGCCAAGGAAUCAUGGGAGAUGAAUAGUGAUGAAAAGUUGGAGCAAGGAGUUCUGGUCAAGGAAAGAGGAACACAAUAUUUCAGGGCAGGGAAGUUCCGUCCAGCUGUCAUCCAGUACAAGAAGAUUGUCCAGUGGCUGGAACAUGAGAGUGGAUUGUCAGAUGAAGAGAGCGCAAAAUCCAAAUCCCUGCUUCUGGCGGCAUUUCUAAACCUGGCCGCCUGUUACCUGAAGCUGGCAGAGUACAGGCAUGCUCUGGAACAUUGUAACAAGGCACUAGAAUUCGAACCCAACAAUGAGAAAGGAUUGUUCCGCCGAGGCGAAUCCUACAUAGGAGUGAACGAACACGAGCUGGCAAGGGAUGACUUCGCUAAGGUGAUCCAGCUUUACCCCAAUAACAAGGCAGCACGAACGCAGCUGGCCAAGUGCCAGCAGCGUAUACAUGAGCAACACCUGCGGGAAAAGAAGAUCUAUGCCAACAUGUUCCAGAGGAUUGCGGAGAAAGAGGAAAAGGAGCCUUCUAAAGUCCCCGAAGAGCAGUCCCCGGGCACCACUGAUGUAGAGAUGAGCGACGAAACAUCCACAGAAGAGCCUCGGCACAACGGAGCCACAGACGCCGAAAUCAGUGAAGCAUAGGAGCAACUGAGCGAGUCCCUUUUUAUACAAAUCAGUCCGUCUCUGCACCAGUAGGGUAGGGGUUAUGAAGAUUUGUUACGAGAGGAGGGUGGGGAUGCGGUUACCUGUACAAACUUUCCACACGCCAGUACACCCAUAACCGCUGUUCAAUCUCUUCAUUCCAGCCUGUUCACUCAUUCUAUCUCAGGAGUUUAUAUCCCAUCGGACUAUCAGGAAAGAGCACAAGUGAGAUCCUUUCAUCUGAUUGGCCACCAAUGGGAAAUUGUUUACCUGCACUCUAUCGUUCACACUAAUGGUUUUGAGGAGUACCUUGUCAAUACACCCCUCCUGGGGGCCUUGAUGGGUUCAACUCUUAAAUCACAAUUUCCAUGUCAGACUCUGGUUUAGGUGCUUAAUUUCUGCCCCUUCUUAUCUGCUGCAGUUUUUGUUUCUUAUUUUAUUUUUGUUCAUCAUUUGUAAUGUUUGUUUCACUGUGUUCAUCUCCUGUAAAUAAUAAAUAAAUGUAUU